CCCGCGAGAACCCCACCAUCGCCGCGGGACCGCGGUCGGGGCGCCGGCAUCUGGACAGCCACCACCUGUCACUUGCUUCCGUGCUUUGUUCUCACGAUUCCUUCAUCUUCUGCUUUGUCCCCCGGCUUCAUUAUCUUUCAUCGUAAAUAACAACACAGUCUCAUUCUGCAAUAAGAACUUGAUUCUCAUCCUCGCAACGUCUUCAGCCUUGUCUUGUACAUAUACUGAUUCAAUCAAACUCGACCAAUAUGGGCUCUCAACCACCCCGCAUCCGCCUGGCCAUCCUCGAGGCCGAUACACCGCAGCCGCAGACCAACGCCGAGUACGGCGGAUAUGGCGGUGUCUUCACGGCACUCCUGCGCACCGCCGCCUUGGCCAGCGACCCGCCUGCGCCGCUCGACAGCAUCGUCGACCUUUCAGUAUACCACGCCGUCGGCGAUGAUGCCGUCUACCCAGACCUAGACUCCAUCGACGCCAUUCUAAUUUCCGGAAGCAAGCACAACUCAUUCGAUAACGACCCGUGGAUCUUGAAGUUGGUCGAGUUCACCAAGAAGUGCAUCGACAGCGGGCGGGUGAGAGUCAUUGGAGUAUGCUUCGGCCACCAGAUCGUCGGACGGUCACUAGGUGUCGAGGUGAAGAGGAGCGAUCUCGGCUGGGAGGUUGCCGUUGUGGAUGUCAACCUCACGCCCAAGGGCAAGGAGAUUUUCCAGCUGGAGAAGAUGCGCAUCCACCAAAUGCACCGCGAUGUCGUAACAGAAAACCCAGCGGGCGCCGAGUCUUUGGCAUACACGGAGCUGUGCCCCGUCCAGGGAUUCUACUCACCAAAGAAGUUCAUCACUGUCCAGGGUCACCCCGAGUUCACCGGCCCCAUCGUCAGUGAGAUCCUCAACGUUCGCCACAAGGCUGGCAUUUUUGACGAGGCGAUGUUUACCGAUGCCAUCAACCGCGCAAACAUUGAGCACGAUGGCGUCAACAUCGCUCGUGGCUUCCUGCGCUUCCUUAGAGAAUGAUACAUCGUUGUUCAUAGUUAUUUACCCCAAUAGACCAGCGACUGUUUUUGGAUACCAAUCUUACUGCCUUAACCUGCC